CGCGGGGCCCGCCGAGGGACCCCCGCGGCCCAACCCCGCCGGGGCGCGGAGGUGCUGGUGGGCUCGGCCGGCGGCGACAGCGGCGGUAUUGCUGAAAUCCUAAUGAACCGACCCCACGCGAGAAAUUCACUGGGAAAAGUAUUUGUAAACGAACUGUUCAGUGCCCUGGAGCAGCUCCGCUUCGAUGAGAAGGUGCGUGUGGUGGUGUUCAAGAGCCAGGUGAAAGGUGUGUUUUGUGCAGGAGCAGACUUAAAGGAACGUGCACAGAUGGAUGAUGCAGAAGUUGGACUGUUUGUUAGAAGGCUGAGAAAUCUCAUGGAUGAAAUAGCUGCCCUGCCUGUGCCCACGAUCGCUGCCAUCGAUGGCUACGCGCUGGGAGGGGGACUAGAACUGGCCUUGGCCUGUGACCUUCGAGUGGCAGCUUCAUCAGCUAAAAUGGGCCUUAUUGAGACCACACGAGGACUUCUUCCUGGAGCAGGUGGAACCCAGCGCCUGCCCAGAUGUGUUGGAAUAGGUCUUGCAAAGGAACUCAUUUUCACUGGCAGACAGAUUGAUGGACAACAGGCCUUCUCCAUGGGCUUGGUAAAUCACUCAGUGCCACAGAACAGCGAGGGAGAUGCAGCUUACCAGAGAGCACUAGCUUUGGCUAAAGAAAUCCUUCCCCAGGCUCCAUUUGCUGUGAAAAUGGGAAAACUGGCAAUAAACAGAGGAAUGGAGGUCGACAUUGCAUCAGGGAUGGCUAUUGAGGGGAUGUGCUAUGCCCAGAAUAUUCCCACAAGAGACCGUCAGGAAGGGAUGGCUGCCUUCAGGGAGAAACGACCACCGCGCUUUAUCGGCAAAUAACACUUUCUAGCUUCCCCUUGAUUUUUGGAAAGUAAAGUAGGACUGAAGAGCACCCACUGAUUUCUUGGGGAUAAUUUUUAUGACACCAUUCUGUGCACUUAACCCCUUGCCUUGGACUGCAUUUCUGAAUACUCCACUGGAUCAUUUUUCUGUACUAAUCUUCCAAUAAAGAUUUAACUUUGUACACCUGA